AUUUCAACUAAGUUCAUGAACCUCUUCACCGACUCAGCAUCUAUUUAAUCCCCACACCAUCUUUUCCCUCAAAGAUCGAAGCUUUCUCUCCCCUCUCAGUUCGAUUCAGCUUAAACUGUAAACAACCCACAACUGAAUUUGAGCUUAUUUGUUUUGAUUUCAAUAUGAUGAUGUAUGAAAAUGGUGGUUUUGAAUCUUUUGUUUCUGAUUUAGCACUUUUGGACUCAAUAAGUCGUUACUUGCUCGAUGAUUCUGAAGCUUUACCCACAAAUUCCGGCGACUCUCCGGAAGUAUAUUGCUCGAGCAAUAGCUUCGGUUCCAAUUUGUCCCCGUCCUUGACUGAAAACUGGGGACAUGGUAGUUUACCUCUUCAAGAAAAUGACCCCGACGACAUGGUGGUUUAUGGCGUCCUUUGCGACGCUGUCAACUUUGGAUGGCUGCCAUCUGUCUCCGCCACCGCAACCGUCAAGACCGAGCCCGAAAUUGUUGCUGAAUCGCCGGGAAAAAUAGAGUUUCCAGCGGUGGCGGUACCUGAGAGGGUGGCGACGGAGAUGUUGGAGCCGGCGGUAGUGCCGUCGAAGGGAAAGCAUUACAGAGGGGUGAGGCGGCGGCCGUGGGGGAAGUUCGCGGCGGAGAUAAGGGAUCCGGCGAAGAAUGGGGCCAGGGUGUGGCUCGGGACUUUUGAGACCGCGGAGGAUGCGGCGUUGGCCUAUGACAGGGCGGCGUACCGCAUGCGGGGGUCACGUGCGCUGUUGAACUUUCCGCUUAGGAUUAACACCGGCGAGCCGGAGCCGGUGAGAGUGACAUCGAAAAGGUCGCCGACGUCGACGGAUGGUUCAUCGUCGUCGGAAAGUGGGUCGCCGAAGAGGAGGAAGAGGGUGGUGGGUUGAAAAAAGUAAUGAUACAUUAAUCAAAUUUUUGGGAUCAAAUUUAGAGCCUAAAUGACAUGACAACAUAUUAUUUUGAGUUUU